AUGUCGAACCAUCCCGCUCUCGGCAUCGCGGAGACGCUCCAAACCGCCUCCCUCAAUCGUCAUCCGUCGCCAGCACACGAUAUCAACCCAGCCACCGCAGCUUCAAGAAAGGAACCUUACGAAAUUGCGCACUCGGAGGGAGAUGAAACGGCCAGCAUCCCUUCAGAUAUCGUAGACCCGAGCCAUACGAUUCGACCUAUUCCGCGACGCGCGAAUAAUCUGCCUCCGCUUCCCGACCUGCGGUUUGAGCAGAGCUAUCUGGCGAGCUUGAAAAAUGCCGAGUCGUGGCGCGGGGUUGCUUGGAUUACGCUGAGGGAUCAGGUUCUGUUCCCUCUGAUUCAAGGCACACUCUGGACGUUGGCGCUCACCGGAUGGCGAUUCUGGAAUCGCAAUGCCCAGCUGCAGGGCACCAGUCUCGGGACAAGGAUACGACGGUGGUGGUACGAAGUGAACAAUUGGCCUGUUCCGCAGAAUAAAAAGGCGGACAAGAGACUUGCUGGACGAGUCGCGGAUUUCUACACUUCUAUAUUCUCCAAUGAAUAA